CUUUUCUCGCGAAAUUCAACACCCAUCUCUGAUUUGCCCAUUUCACUCGGAUUCUCCGGUAAAGAUGGAUAUUGAUGAAAUUAUCGGAGAACCAUUAGCUCGCCCUGUGAAUCUUCCGACAAAAAGUGCAAUCUAUGUCUGGGGAUACAACCAGAGUGGGCAGACUGGUCGGAAGGGGAAAGGACGCCAAUUGCGGAUACCAAAGCAGCUCUCUCCCGACCUUUUUGGGUGCCCAGCAGGGGCUAAUGCCCGUUGGUUGGAUAUUGCCUGCGGUCGGGAGCAUACAGCCGCCGUGGCCUCAGAUGGGUCGCUUUUCACUUGGGGUGCUAAUGAGUUUGGUCAACUGGGAGAUGGCACCGAGGAGGGUAGGAAGCACCCCAAGAAAGUAAAUCAAUUGCAGACAGAAUUUGUUAAAUCUGUAUCUUGUGGAGCACAUUGCACUGCCGCCAUUGCAGAACCUCGUGAAAAUGAUGGAACCAUCUCAACACGUAGCCUCUGGGUUUGGGGACAGAAUCAGGGAUCAGAUUUUCCGCGUCUAUUUUGGGGUGCCUUCACUCCAAAUACAAUAAUCUGCCAAGUUUCCUGUGGAGCAGUUCAUGUAGUGGCUUUAUCUGAAGAAGGCCUAUUACAAGCUUGGGGUUACAAUGAAUACGGUCAGCUUGGCAGAGGCUUUACUUGUGAAGGUCUGCAGGGUCCUCGCUUGAUAACAGCUUAUGCAAGGUUCCUUGAUGAAGCUCCUGAGCCUGUGAAGAUUACCCAAGUGUCAUGUGGGGAGUACCACACAGCAGCUAUAUCAGAAAAAGGCGAGGUCUAUACUUGGGGGCUUGGAAAUAUGGGCCAACUUGGACAUUGUUCCCUCCAAUCUGGUGACAAAGAGUUAAUACCAAGGAGAGUGGGUGCACUGGAUGGAAUAGUCAUCAAGGAUAUGGCCUGUGGUGGUGUGCAUACUUGUGCUUUAACUUCAACAGGAGCUCUUUAUGCAUGGGGUGGUGGUCAAGCAGGGCAGUUGGGCCUUGGCCCCCAAACAGAUUUUUUUUCAAUCAGCCCUGAUAACUCUAGUGCAUUCUUUCGUAAUAUUCCUGCUUUAGUUAUUCCCAAUGGUGUGCAACUGGUUGCAUGUGGACACUGUCACACACUUGUUUACAUGAGGGAUGGAAGAAUUCAUGGAUGGGGCUACAAUAGCUAUGGUCAGGCAGCCAAUGAGAAAUCUACUUAUGCCUGGUAUCCAUCACCAGUUGAUUGGUGUGUUGGCAAAGUGCGAAAACUGGCAGCUGGCGGUGGCCAUUCUGCUGUGUUAACUGAUGCAUGUUCAUUGAAAGAGUUAUGUGAGUUCAAGCUGGCAGACAGUAUAACCCCAUUAAAUGCUUCUGAGAUUGAGGAUGUUGCAUUCAGAACAGGGUCAGAUUCUUUAGCACGCCUUUGUGAAAGAUUGAGGGAGCAGCUGAUUGACAGUGGUGGUGACUGUGACCAUGAAGAUGACAUCAAGAGUGGGAAGAAUUGAAGAAAUUGUUGUUACAGCUUGAUGAUUAUGAAGAUGGCACUUUGUAUUUCCAGUUGCACACCUUCAUUAUCAUUCUGUUUAGGACUAAUAACAAAUUAUUUACAUUAAAAAAAAAAAAAAAAACUGUUGAUUUGUGUAUCAUAAUGUAUUCCACUGUGAUUGCGUGGACGACAUAUUUGGUUAAUUAGGACUUAGGACUGUCGUCAAAACAAGCAGUGGCAUUGUUAUGAACAACUUGUAUUUAUGAUCAUUGAGCAUUCAUGGAACUCAAA